AUUGUUCUUGGCGAUUGCGCAACCGGAACCAUGAUGGGGCGCCGCUGGUGCCACGCCGUCGGGCGCGAGGUCAUUGCGUCGGUGACGGCGCUGCGCGCGCUUCCGCCGACGCGAGCGCUCAAGUUCAAGUGGGGUGGGCAGGUCGACGCCUUUGUGUUCCUGGACGACGGCCGCCCCAUAGCCUACGUCAACCAGUGCAGCCACGUGGCGCUCGAGAUGGACUGGAGCGACGCCGAGUUCUUUGCGCAUGGCGUCCUCCAGUGCAAGGUCCACGGCGCGCUCUUCGACCCGACAACCGGCGCGUGCUUGCGGCCGCCGCCCCGCUGCAAGAUGCUUCGGUCUUUGUUUCCAAUCCCCAUCGAGGUCGACGCCGAUGGCAAUGUGGUCGCGACGUCUUCGCCCACAUCACUGCGACCUCGCGCCGAGGCGAUUCCGCUGGACGAUGCGUAUCGGAGGCAGAAGCUCGCGCGCCUGCAGUUAGCGCUGGACCGCGAAGCCUCGGAGGCGCAGAUCGAAAUCGACCGAGUGAACGAACGGGCGCGGCGCAUGGUACAGCAAGCGCGGGAGGCCAAGUUGCACAAGUCAAAGUAAGAAAGCUAGUCAUUCUGCC